UUAAAAGCAAUCGAGUUACCCAUCUGGCAAAAUGAAGUUCAAUUUGGUUCUGCUUACUGUGAUCGCUUUGGUUGCUAUGGCCUGCAGUCAACAACAAAUCAGCCCGGAAUGCUUCAACCGACCGAACAACAAGCACCCGAAGGAAUGUUGUGCAGCUCCUAAUAUUAUGCCGUCACGGGAACAGUUCACUACUUGCAUGCAGAAGUUUCCGAAACCAGAUGGUCCACCAACACCGGGAAGUCCACCACCUGGGCUUAAUUGCAUGGCCCAAUGCAUGCUCGAACAGUUGGGCAUGAUGACCAACGGUGUGUUGAGCAAGGAUGCGGCCACUUCCAAGCUGGUUUCACUUGUCGGAUCAUCAAGCGACUGGCAAACGGUUGCCAAGACUACAGUGGACACUUGUUACCAGAACGUAGCCUCAAUGGUAUCGAAUAAGGACAGUCUCGGUUGCAGCGCCGCCGCAAGCCCCUUCAUAGAGUGUUUACCUACGACGAUGUUUACGGAUUGUCCUGCGUCGGUGUGGAACCCCAGUAAUGAAUGUACACAACUUAAGGCCCAUUUGCUUAAAGGGUGUCCGAUCAUGACCUUGUUGGGACCACCACAACCAUAAAAUGGGAUUUAAACAGAACGAUUAAAACAGAUAAAUGAAGAUUACACCAG